GCUAAUGUUGAUCAAAAAUUUUGGGGAGAAUUUUAUCCUUCAAGACAAGAUCAAGAAAUUUUAAACUUCUGCAUUUAUUAUACAAAAAGACACGAUGCAAAGUUUUGUAAUGAUCCAGGAAUGAAAUUAUUUGGGACCCUAAAAAUCAAAACAAAUGAUAAAUAUUUGGGUUUAAACCGUCCUAUUGAAUUUGCGUUUACCUUCGGCAAAAUGGAAAUCAAAGCUACUGCCAAAAAUAAAACGAGUGAUAAAAUUUAUCAGGAAUCUACUUUUGAAUUGAAUAUUUAA